AUUAUCCCCGCUAGAUGGCGGUAUCACCGACGAAGAGGAUGGAAAACGUGUUGCCUCAACCCAAUGAGGCAGGACAAAGAGAACCUAAAUUCAUGAAGUCUUUGCCGUCUUAUCAAUAUUGAAACAUUCGUAUUGUGGAAUGUUGUGUGGACUGUUCCUGUGAACAUCGAAACAUUUCAUCACUGAAUGAAAGAACGCGGAAAUUUCCUGCACCUUCGAAUGAAAAUUCCGCCAUCUUGAUCAUUGUCGACCCGUCUCUUGUUUUUCCUGGUUCUACUUCAGCUGAAUUUACUGUGUUACCGUCUUUAAAUUAGAAUUUGUUUAGGGGUUUAGUAAGCAGAAAUCUCUUUGGGGUAUCAUUAAAGAUGAUAUAGAGGGAUUGAAGCCAGAUUUUUUCUAAUUAGUGGCACAAAUUGUUGCAUACCUGUCCCGCAACAACCUCCAGAUGGUAAAGAUGUUUUGGCGAUAUCAACCUGCGGUGUUUUGACAGUCAAGUAUACAUGUCAAGCAUUUUCAUAGCACCUGUGAAUGAACGAUCUUGAAUCUCCUGUUGGUACAGACUGUAUGAUUCUAUAUAAAGAUGUCGUGUAUACAUUACAAAUUCAAAAGCAGCCUGGACUAUGACUCUGUUACAUUUGAUGGAUUACACAUCUCUCUUGGUGACCUGAAGAAGGCUAUUAUUCAACACAAGAAGCUAGGAAAAAAUGCUGAGUUCGACCUGCAGAUAACAAAUGCACAGACAAAGACUGAGUAUGUGAAGGAUGAUGAACUUAUUCCGAAGAAUGCCUCCGUGGUUGUUUCCCGUAUUCCAAUACCUGGAGCACCAAAGCCUGGUAAAGGAGGAUGGGAUCCGGGGAGAGCUGGUUCACCAAUGAAAGGAUAUGAACCGAUGAGAGACAUUGGAAGACAUGAUAUUGGCCUCAACAAGAUGGUUGACCUGACUAAUGUUAAUGCCUCCGAAGAAGAGAAGAUAAAAGCAAUGAUGGUUCAAUCAACCAAGGAGUAUGACACAUCUAAUUAUGUGAGGAGCCGAUAUCAAACAGGCCCGCCACCUCCGGGUUACAGGUGCCACAGAUGUCAGAAGCCUGGACACUUCAUUCAGAACUGUCCUAAUAAAGCCCUGGCCAAGGAAACUCCCAACAUGGUUCCUGAUAUGAAGAUGAUGAAGAGACCUACAGGAAUACCUCAGAGUUUCCUUACCUAUGUGGAUAAUCCUGCUACUCAAGGAGCCCUACUUCUGCCAACGGGCCAGUACGCUGUGCCAACAAUAGAUGUGCAUGCGUACAAGGAGGGUAAGAAGGAGAGGCCUCCAUUUGCUCCUGAGGAGAAACGCCAGUCCAGUCAUGUGGAGGAGAAGCAGCCCAUCCCACAGGAGCUGUUGUGUCUACUCUGUCAGGAUCUGAUCAAGGAUGCUGUCCUCAUCCCCUGCUGUGGAAAUAGCUAUUGUGAUGACUGUAUACGAAACCGGCUUCUAGAGUCAGAGGAUCAUGAAUGUCCUACGUGUGGAGAAAUGGACAUCUCACCUGACAGACUUAUUGCUAAUAAGUUCUUAAGGACAGCAGUGACCAAAUUCCUCAAUGAUACAGGGUAUACUAAAGUGAAACGACAGGAACCCAAGGCAAGGCCCCCUCCUCAGGCCCAGCCUCUGCCUUUCAUACAGCCACAUCCACAGCCAGAACCAGCUGCCUCUGUGCCCAGACCACCUACCCCUGUUAAAGAUGAGAUCCCAGGUAAACCGGUACAGUCUCAGGAGGUUGAGCCCAAGGGUUUUGCUGUGCCAGUGAUUGGGAAUUCAAAGAUACAGUCACGACCUCCACUCAGCAGGUACACUGGGCGACCAGAUCCUGAUUGUCAGACUUUCUCCAGUUCACAUAAUCAGCAGUCAUACAGGGGAAGUAAUAAUAACAAUGGUAAAGAAGAUGGAGGCUCUGGUCCUGAUGAUGUGAAGAGAGGCCCAACUCCCAGGGGCUCUGCAAGAGAGGGUGCCUGGCCAGACAGAGCCGCACCCCAUCAUGAGCACUACCCUCCACCACAUGACAGACGUCCAACAGAGCAGAGAUCCCCACCCAGAAUAAACCGCCCAGGGAGUGAUUUGCGUGGUUCAGGGGAGAGAAUCCCAUCUCCUCAGGAUCGCCCUUAUACCACUCACAGGCCCCCACUUUUGGAAAGACCACCCACCAGAGACCUUCUGCCCCCUUCAGUCCCCCCAGGGCGUAAUCCAUUACACCCGUACAACCUCUCUGUACCUGGCCUUGCAGGUCCUCCACCAUUGCCUGGACUCCAAAGAGGACCCCAUCCAGGGUUCAGAUCUCAUGGCCCACCCCCUGGUCCCCCACCUGGACCCCCACCACCAGGUGUACUCCGCCCACCACCCCCAGGCAUGUUUGGUCCUCCUCCCGGUCUCCCCUUCCCAGGCGUUCCUCCACCACCAUUCCCUGUCCCAGGACCUGUACCAGCAUCACAACCCCUCACGGAAGAAGAGUUUUACAGGGAAAAACGCAGGCUAAUGAUAGAGCAACAGAGACCUACUGUGCCUCCAGUGCCCACUGAGCCUAAGAGAGAUAUCAUGGAUGACUUUGCUAAAGAGUUGCUCCAAUACCGUUCAGACCAGAAGAAAAGAGUCAAAACUUCAAAGUCAAGGUCUCGCUCUAAGUCCAGAUCUCGUUCACGAACACCAGUCAGAAGAACCCGAUCAAGGACUAGAUCAAGAAGUCGCUCUCGCACACCUUUGAGAAGGCCAAGGUCUUUUUCAAGGUCAUUCUCUCGUUCACGCUCAAGGUCACGGGGUAGAUCAUGGUCAAGGCCAAGGUCAUUCACACCAAGGCGCUCAAGAUCACGCUCGCGGAAAAGAUCUCGAUCCAGGUCAUGGGUGAAAAAGAGGUCUCGAACAAGAUCAAGAACACGGUCAAGAAGCCGUGGUUUUUACAAAGCUAGGUCAAGGUCACAUAGCAGGUCAAGGUCAAGGGGUCCCAGAUCGUUUUCAAGAUCUCGGUCUCGCUCCUUUACUCCACGUUCUAGGUCAAGAAGUCCGUGGAGAAGAGGACCAUCCAAGCCUUAUCGUAAAAGAUCUAAAACCCCACCCAGAAGGGGCCGCUCUAGGAGUGCUGCCCGUAAUCCUUAUUCCAGAAGAUGGAGCCCUGGACGACGUUCACCAAGUCCUCUUCCCCCACGUUUUCCAGUGGAUUAUAGGCCUCCUUCAUUUGAUGACUACUUCAGGUCUUUUCAUGAUCCAAGAGCUUAUGAAGAAUACUACAGAGAUUACAUUUCUAGAUAUGGUGUACCACCAUUCCCAGUGGCUCCAUCAGAGACCACGUCUUUCUACCCUCCUCCUCGAGGGCAACCUCAAGCUCACACAUCCCAGUCCCCUCUUCCACCUGGCGGGCCACAGAGUCCUCUACGUGUGAAAAAACCUAUUGAAAAGCCAGCAAGAGUUGAACGAGAGAAAAAGCCAUUUGAGGAGAAAAAGUUUGAAAAAGAAAGGAUUAAGAAGGAAAGCUAUAGAGAGAAAACCAAGAGGGACAGUAAUAAGGACCUAAGGGAAGUACAAGGCAUCAGGAAAGAUAAUCCAGAAAGAAAAGGAAAGGAAAAAAGUCAUGCAGACAAAGGUAGGGCAAAAGAGAGAGACCGAGAUAAAUCUGAGAAAGCCCCUGCUGAUUCAACAACAUUUAGCCAAGGGGAUCAAGAAAGAGGACGGAACAACCCAAGAUCAGAGACUAGUAGAGAGAAAAGGAAUGUUGUAGAUGCAAGAAGUAAACUACAGGGUUCAGGAAGGAAAGGCAGUUCUGCCCAACCAAGAGUAGAGAAAUCUGUUAAUAAGGUGCGUAGAAAUGAAGAGAAAAGGCGAGACAGUGACAAAGAUUCUGAUGGCGCAGGUAAGAAAUCAAGGAUAAAAGUGCCACAAGUGGACACUGUGGUUCCUCAAAAGACUGAAAAGGAAAACAAAAAGCCAAGUAAACCCAGCAAAGAGAAGCCCACUUCCAGACAUCUAACACAGAGCGAGUGCGAUUCCAGCCAGAAAGACAAUACCCCGGUGGAAACCCAGGGAGAGACCAUACCCGUGAUUGUAUCUAAGGCGGGGGCUGGUGGAAACAGAAGACCCUUAAAAAGAGAGAAAGAAGAGAGUGAAGAGGAAAGUGAUGCUUCAAAGAGCUCCAAGAAACAGAGGACUGACUCAUCUUCUCAGGAAUUGUCCUUGUCCCAACCUUCAUCACAGACAUCCUCUCAGCCAUCCUCUCAAGACAUUCCAAAUGAGAGUUUGAAGGAGGUUAAAAGCUUACCAAAUCUUCCUGUUUCAGACAAGGUUGGUAUACCUGUCUUGAGUCCAGAAAGAAAAAAGAAGUCUCCUGAGAAAGUUAGUCCACUUGUUCUCAGUAAAGUACUUAGGAAGGGUGUGAAACCGGAGUCUUUGUCUAGUGUGGCAGCUGUUCAACAAUCAGCCUCAGAAUCCCAUCUGAAGAUGCUACCACGGGCAUUGCAGAAAUCAAAGCGAGAACCUGAGCUAAUGCUCAAUGUACCUGAGCCAUCAAAAUGGGAGAGAGAUGACUAUGGGCAAACUGAAAGUGACGAGGCCAGUGUUAGAGUGCGGAAAAGUGAAAAGAAGACUUUACCAAGAUCUGUCAUUGAGAGUGCAGAGAAAGCCCUCGCACAGAAACCACGUAGACCAGCAUCUAGGGUUGCUUCAGUAACAACAUCUGGGAAGACAAAGUCUGGUCAACGAAAAGUGUUCCUGGAUGAUGAGAGCCGGUCAGACAGUUCCGAUCAGGAAGACCGGAGAGUCGUGGAGAAACAGAACUCUAUGCAGGUGACCAUUUCCUCAAAAUCCGAGGACGAAGAGACAGCGAGAAAGGAGGAAAGAAGAAAUGAAAGUGCCAGAAAAGAGAAACGAAAGGAUGUGAAAAAGGAUGGUCGAAGUAAGCGAGAGCACGACGAUGUUUCCAGAGAAGAGGAGAGGAAAGAGGAUAGAGGGAAGGAACCACACAGAAAACAUGAAAGAAAGGAAAGUAAAAAGAGUGAGAAGACAGAUAGACUUGACAAACCUGAUGAAGGGCUAAGGAAGGCUAGAUCUGAAUCGGCAAUCAUUAAAUCAGAUCAUAAAAAAUCAGAUAGAGAAGCAAGUAAAUCAAAGAAGAAGCAUAGUGAUGUUACGGAUGUACGCGAAAGAGAAAGUCGGGAUAGCCACAGCGAGAAGCCGAAAGUGAAUCACAAGGACGACACAGACCGGAGACCAUCCAGGGAACAGCGACCGGCAGGGGACAGACAGGACAUAGAACAGCCUGAUAGUAGUGGGAAGACAGAGCAACUAAAACACAAGGACAAAUCGCUUCCAGAUGCAGAAGGAAAGACGAGCUCUAGAUUGGUGGAUAGGAAAGAGUCUGUUCUGGACGAGUCUAAAUUUGAACCAGAUUAUAUGUACGAGUCCAGCGAGGAGGAAGUGGCGGCAGAGUCGGACGCUGAGAGUGAGAAGCCCAUGGAGACGGACACACACAAGGAUGAUGAAGACGACGAGGAUCAUGAUGAGGACGCGUCCACAGCCAGCGGAGGCAGUCGCAGUCGUAGUGUGACUCCAUCCUCGUCGGGAAGUCAGAGUCCAAAGAAGAAUCGGGAGUCCCGGAGCUCUGAUCCGGGAAAGAAACACAAACAUUCCAAGCACAAGAAACAUAAACACAAACACAAGCACAAACACAAAAAGAAGAAACAUAAAAAGAACAAAGAGAAAGAAUCAAAGGUGAAAUCAACAGUUUCAAAACAUUAAGUGCUUUAUUUUAUUUUCAUUGCCAAACCGAAAAAAGAAAAAAAAACAACCUGAUUAACGGAGACGGCUGCGUAACGAUUUUUCACGCUGAGUAGUUCUUUCCUUGAGUUAUGGAACUGUUAAAUGGAGACAAAUCAUGUGUGGACAAGAUUUUCACAGCCGUGCCUUAGCGUUAUGUUUUAAGGCUGUUGGCUUUUUAGCUAGAAGAUUCGAGCAAAAAGCAGUGUUUUACCGUGAAGAAAUUUGUGUUAAGUUGUACAUAAUCGUGAAGGAUUUUUAUUUUCAAUUGAAAGCAGAACGGCUUUACAAACUGACAUUGAUGUACCAUACAGUUACAGAAAUGAAUUGGGUUUGAUAAUUGAAAUAUUUUUGUGCUUUUCCUUUGAGGGUCUAGUUUUUUGUUGUUUUUUUUUUCUCGUUGCUAAGUCCCUUGUUUCAUUUUCAGAUUUUCAUACUGACUGAGACUAUGACGUGAAAUGUGGUUUUGGCAAGAAUGUGCACUUCAGAAUAUUUGAUGUCCUGUCAGAUGGAUGUGUAUAUGUAUGCCCUGAUAAUUGGAAAUAAAUGGAAAACAGUAUUAAUUAAAAUUCA